AUGACGGAGCUGGAAAGGAAAUCCAUCCAGGAGGGCUCCAAAUCUUCACCCAUGAGACAUCAGCCCCCUCGCUGCAGCAUCUUCCUGGCGCUCGCCGGGCUCGGAGGGGCUGGGGAGCAGGAGAGGAAGAGAGCCCGGGGGCAGAACAAGAGCCGCCCGUGCAUGAAACCCAAGAGCUACGAGCAGAGCAGGCUGUGCCCCUCGGUGACACAGGGCCGUGGUGGGCAGUGCCGCUUCGGGCCGCGCUGCCGCUUCCUGCACGACGUGUCCGAGUACCUGGCGGCCAAACCGGCCGACCUGGGCGGGCGCUGCGUCCUCUUCGACACCUUCGGCCGCUGCCCCUACGGCGUCACCUGCCGCUUCGGCCGCGCCCACCUCGGCGACGGCCACCAGAACCUGCUCAAUGCCACCCUGGCCCAGCAGUGGGAAGGGAAGCUGCCGGUGAGGAACGGCCUCUCCAAGGAGCUCCAGCAGCAGCUGCGCAAGAGGAGGUUCAGCUUCCAGAAGGCCGAGGAGUUUCUCCGUGGGCUCCGUGCCGGGAAGGGAGGCAAAGCCACGGGGGGCUGUGUGGAGGUGGCUGAUUGCUCUGCUCCCCAGGAGGGCUUGGGAGACAGCCCUGUGCUGCAGGAGCAGGGUGAAGAUUCCAAACCAGAGACCCUGCAGAGCUCCCAAGGGGCUGAGGGUGCUCCCAGACCUGAGGCCCUGCAGAGCUCCCAAAGGGCUGAGGAUGCUCCCAAAGCUGAAACCCUACAGAACUCCCAAAGGGCUGAGGGUGCUCCCAACCCUGAGGUCCUGCAAAGCUCCCAAGGGGCUGAGGGUGAUCCCAAAGCCGAGGUCCUGCAGAACUCCCGAAGAGCUGAGGGUGCUCCCAAAGCUGAGGUCCACAACAGCUCCCAGAGGGCUGAGGGUGAUCCCAAACCUGAGGUCCUGCAGAACUCCCAAAGAGCUGAGGGUGAUCCCAAAGCUGAGGUCCUGCAGAACUCCCAAGGGGCUGAGGGUGAUCCCAAAGCUGAGGUCCUGCAGAACUCCCAAAGAGCUGAGGGUGCUCCCAAAGCUGAGGUCCACAACAGCUCCCAGAGGGCUGAGGGUGAUCCCAAAGCUGAGGUCCUGAACAGCUCCCCAAAGGCUGAGGGUGCUUCCAGCCCUGAGGUCCUGCAGAACUCCCAAGGAGCUGAGGAUGCUCCCAAAGUUGAAACCUUGCAGAACUCCCAAAGGGCUGAGGGUGCUCCCAACCCUGAGGUCCUGCAGAACUCCCAAGGAGCUGAAGGUGCUCCCUCCAUCCCAACCCUGGGCCCGCUGACAGAUGAAGACGUGACGAAGCUGCGGCCGUGCGAGAAGAAGAAGCUGGAAAUCCAAGGCAAGCUCUACCUGGCUCCACUGACCACGUGUGGAAACCUCCCUUUCCGACGGAUCUGCAAACGUUUUGGAGCAGAUGUCACCUGUGGGGAGAUGGCUGUGUGCACCAACCUGCUCCAGGGCCAGUCCUCCGAGUGGGCUCUGCUCAAACGCCACCACACUGAGGACAUCUUUGGGGUGCAGCUGGAGGGAGCCUUUCCAGACACCAUGACCAAGUGUGCAGAGCUCCUGAACAGGACCAUUGAUGUGGACUUUGUUGACAUCAACGUCGGGUGUCCCAUUGACCUGGUCUACAAGAAGGGUGGAGGCUGUGCUCUCAUGACUCGCUCCAACAAGUUCGAGCAGAUUGUCCGUGGGAUGAACUCGGUGCUGGAUGUCCCCGUGACAGUGAAGAUCCGGACUGGGGUGCAGGAAAAGGUCAACGUGGCUCACAAACUCAUCCCCAGGAUCCGGGAGUGGGGCGUGUCCAUGGUCACGCUGCACGGGCGCUCGCGGGAGCAGCGCUACACCCGCAGUGCAGACUGGCUCUACAUCGCCGAGUGCGCCCGCCUUGCCAGCCCCAUGCCUCUCUUCGGAAACGGGGAUAUUUUGUCCUAUGAAGAUGCAAAUCGAGCCAUGCAGAUGGGAGUUUCUGGAAUCAUGAUUGCAAGAGGGGCGCUCAUCAAACCCUGGCUUUUCACGGAAAUCAAGGAGCAGAGACACUGGGAUAUCUCCUCCAGCGAGAGAUUUGAGAUCCUCAAGGACUUCACCAACUACGGCCUCGAGCACUGGGGGUCAGACACUCAGGGAGUGGAGAAAACCAGGAAAUUCCUGCUGGAAUGGCUCUCCUUCCUGUGCAGGUACAUUCCAGUGGGGUUAUUGGAGCAUCUACCUCAGAAAAUCAACGAGCGCCCACCCUAUUACCUGGGGAGGGAUUACCUGGAGACCCUCAUGGCCAGCCAAAACGUGGAUGAUUGGAUCAAAAUAAGUGAGCUGCUCCUGGGCCCCGUCCCGCCCGGCUUCACCUUCCUGCCAAAGCACAAGGCCAAUUCCUACAGGUAGAGCUGGCCUGGCGCUGUCCCCCGGCGUCAGGAGGGGUCCGGAUGGGCUCUGAGGAGGAGCGGGGCUCCUGGCAGAGGGAAUAAAGCUGAUGUUUUUAGAA